GGCGCGCUCAGAGCAGAAGGCGAAGUCAGCCCGAGCAGAGGACACCCGAAUCAAGCAACUGGAGUCCAUCAUGGGCAGGUGGCUGAUGAGAAAGGGGAUGGUGAAGUUGCCCUUAAGAGUUGAUGCUUCCUGACCCUAGACACAACUGGAGGCCAUUGCAGAGCACCCUGUGCCUCAAUGAAAGUCUCUCCCUUGCUUUCCCAAAGGCAGGUGAUGAAACCGGCCCAGUGCUGCAAAGAACUGCUUGUUAGGAUUGGGAGGUUGGAAGUGGAGCAGGAAGAGCUGCUUGUUAAGCUUGGGAGGUUGGAAGCGGAGAAGGAAGUCCUCCAGGAGAAGUUGGAGGAGAUUUCUACGCUUAACUUUUGCCUUCAAGAAGAAAUUCUUGUUGCCUUCAGGCAGGCAAGAGGACUGCGCCAGCCUCUCAAUGUGGCAACACAGCUCAGGACCACACUUCUUGGUGCAACAAAACUGCCCAUGUACGUGAAGAGUGAAGUGUCCGCAACAAUUUUGAUGGCUUGGCAGGCAAGCAUGCAUGAGGAUCAACUAUACACUCCAAUUGAUGGGAAGGUGCAAUUGCAGGGGGGUAUUGAGAUCCCUGAGUCCCAGUGGUGGUCCAUUUGCAAUCAGAGAACCAAUUCCUUAUUUGUCAAGUCCCUGGCUGUUGCCAUCUGGGGAUCCACUGUGCUCAGGGAUAGUUCCAUCUAUGGGGGAGAGUGUCUCCACUUCAUUAACGCUGGUGAUACUCCUCCCAGGGCAAAACCCCCACUCUCGCCAAGGAAGCUGAGUGCACUCAAAGACAUGAUAACCACAUCACCUUGCAGAGAUUUAAAAUAGAUUCUUUGUAAGUAGGACAUUAGAGGUAGGAUUCCUGAAUCUAUGCAUUAUUAUCUGAAAAAGGUC